UAAAAUAAGAAUGGAGGAAGGGGGUUGAUCUGUAAAACUGUAACAGCUGGAGUGGGGACAACGUCCAUUGCCCAACACGUUUCAAUGGCACAUGCUGUUUGUGUCUCCGUUCUCCCCUACGGUCGUCAACUCCACCGACGAAUCUUCUUCCCUCCUCAACGCUCAUCUCCUUCCUCCGCCUCCGCCUCCGCCUCCGCCUCGGCCACCGAUUCCCUCUUCACCUCCGCUUCCGCCUCCACUUCCAAUUACUCCCCCAAAGUUGUCGUCACCAGAGAGCGUGGCAAGAACGCCAAGCUUAUUACUGCUCUGGCUAAACAUGAAAUCAAGUGUUUGGAACUUCCUCUCAUUGAGCACGCACCGGGAGUGGACUUAGAUAGGCUUCCUUCUGUAUUAAGUGAUAAUGUGUUUGAUUGGAUUGUCAUAACUUCCCCAGAAGCUGGUUCAGUCUUUCUAGAGGCAUGGAGAGCUGCUGGGAUGCCUCAUGUCAAAAUAGGCGUUGUUGGCGCCGGCACUGCAAGCAUUUUCAAGGAAGCUAUGCAGUCUUCAAAUCAAUUGCUUGAUGUUGCCUUCGCACCAUCAAAAGCAACAGGAAAGGUUUUGGCUGCAGAACUUCCAAAGAUUGGAAAUAAAACAACUGUUCUAUACCCUGCUUCUGAAAAGGCCAGCAAUGAGAUUGAGGAAGGACUUUCCAAGCGUGGAUUUGAGGUUAUUAGGAUGAAUACAUACACAACGGUGCCAGUUCAAAAUGUAGACCAAAUUGUUCUUAAGCAGGCACUUGCUGCCCCUGUUGUCACUGUAGCUUCACCAUCUGCUAUUCGUGCUUGGAAGAAUCUUCUUUCUGAUUCAGAGUGGAACAAUUCUGUUGCAUGCAUUGGCGAGACGACUGCUGCAAUGGCAAGAAGAUUAGGAUUCAGAAAUGUGUACUACCCAACACAACCAGGCCUGGAAGGCUGGGUAGAAAGCAUUCUUGAAGCACUAGGAUCAUAUGAUGAACUAUUGAGGUAAUCAUCUGCACUUCGUAGCAAUGGGAGAUGUUUCCAGCGUUUUACUGGCAGAGAAAAUAACCUAUAUAGUGAUUUUACUUUGGGAAGCAUUUACUUCUCAGAUAUUUUUAGGUUUAUAGAGGCUAUCAUGAGAUGAGUGGUAAAUAGUCUUAGUGCUGUAAAUACCGUUCAUAAUUUUAUUAAUUAAUGUUGAUUUAUUUUGUUGCUAA